CAGCGUUGUUACUGUCCUGGAGCGUAGACUGCAAUUACAGCCCUAGUCUUGCUGCUGAACAAUGGAAGGUGGCGAUGAUGACGAUGGGGUUCCCCAGCUUUCUGGAGACACGUUGGCUGCGCUGCAGGAGUUUUAUGCCGAGCAACAGCAGCGAGACGCCCUGAAAUCUGGAAUAGAUAAGUUCUCUGUAGGCUCUGUGGAGGAGGAUUGGCAAUUAAGCCAGUUUUGGUAUGACGAUAAAACUGCAUUUAGUCUGGCCAAGGAAGCCAUUGAGGCCAGUGGAGAAAACGGCAGAAUUGCCUGUAUUAGUGCUCCCAGUAUUUACCAGAAACUGAAAAGCCUGGAUGCAGAGAACAUGUCUAUGUGUUUGCUGGAAUACGACAGACGGUUUUCAGUGUACGGAGAGGACUUCAUCUUCUACGAUUACAACAACCCAUUAAACUUGCCAGAAAAGCUCAAACAUCAUAGUUUUGAUAUAGUAAUAGCUGAUCCUCCAUACCUGUCUGAAGAGUGUCUGCGCAAAACGGCUGAAACCAUCAAAUAUCUCAGUAAAGGCAAAAUCUUGCUGUGCACAGGUGCAGUGAUGGAAGAUUUAGCAGCAGCUGUACUCGGUCUCAAGAUUUGCAAGUUUAUUCCGAAGCACACAAGAAACCUGGCAAAUGAAUUCCGAUGUUACUCCAAUUAUGAACUAGGAUUAGAUUCCCAAUUGGAAUGAUCUAGAAACGUUGCAUUCCGACAUAUGCUUUGUGCAGCCAAUGGGAGAGCAGGAAAAAAGGAUGUUCCAGGCAGCAGUUUUCUGCACGCAGUUCGACGUGUCAGUUUGUUUCACUCGUUUUUACACCGGCUGUAGUAGAAAAGAAAGCACAGCCAGACCUCCCUGUCAGUCUCGCACCCCAGGGGCACAUGAAUUAUAGGGAAGAAAAAUCUGUUGGGUGUUUCGUAAAACCUUGCUUUACGCCACUAUGUUUCUUUAAAUCCGUAAUUAAAAACACCUUUAUUAAGUUAUGAUUACAACAUUUAAAACAUGUUUUGUUUAUAAAAUUACCUUUUUUUGUUUUAAUUUCAUAUUUUGUUACAUAUUGCUGAAAACAUGAAAUUCUUAAAAUGCCUAAUAUCCAGAAAACCUUGCAUGUUAGUUUUACAUUCUAUAUGUUAUAUUGGGC